UGUGAACAUCCGGACUUGUCACGUGUCAAAACAAACGUGAAAGUUUGUCUCUCUGCUGAACACUGACUUCAUGAGACACGAGCUUACAUUAAUAUCAAUAACACAGUCGGAGGAGACAACCUUUAAGAACCAACUUCCCCUGUUGCCGUUAGUAACGGUAACGUUGGCAACCCCGUGAAUGUUUCUAGGUGUGUCCCUCCUCAGGCUCGAUGGCGUCCUGUGUAACACAGUGGACAACAUCCUGCUCCAACAUCAUCCUGUCUGCCACAGCACUGUACUCCUCCUACAGGCUCUUUAAGGAUCACAGGGCUCCUUCACUGGGCCUCUUCCUGCUUGGACUCUCCGCAGCACUUUGCAUCUUCCAUCCCUCCAGCUCAUACCUCACCUCCAUCCAGAAAGAAGCAGAGUGGGCCGGUGAGGUCCUGGCUCCUGUGCUGGUCUCCUUCGACUUCCUGUGGCUCAGUGAAGACCACAACACCGCACAUAUUCUCCUGUGUGGCUCCUGUCUGCUGUUGGGACUGUGUGACUGGCUCUCGGCAGACGCUCUCACGGUUUUGACCCGCUGCCUGGGCUUGUCUUCGCUGUCCUGCUGCCUGACGGUGUGCCUGUUUGCCAGUAAUGCUUUAGGAGCCUUGGGCGGUGUAGCCCUCAGCCUCCCGUUGCUUGUGGCUCAGAGGGUGGGGACUUUUGCUCCGCUCAUUUCUCCAGCUGUAACAGAGGGACUCGUCAAAUGGCUUUUAAAAGGUUUCAUGUCUGUUGGCUGCUGGGCCUCCACAAAGGCCCUCAAGAUUUGUAGUGGACACUGCAGAGCAAACUCAGAGGAUUUCAGAGUUGUGAGCAGCUGCCUCAGCAGUUUUGCUGCAGUAGACGUAUAAGCAUCUGUGGCGCCGUGCCUGUCUGCGGGGCAUUGCCUUUGUCAGACCUCAGGAUACAGGUGAUCAGGGAAUGUUUCAAGGUGUUCAGUUUGUGAGUUUGAGGUGUGCUUUUUUUGUAAUGAUUCAUCAUUCAGUUUGGGUUUUUUUUGUUUUUCUUUUGGCAAUGUGGAAGUGGUUUUUAAAA